CCGUACAGACGUCGGACAUCAUGGCGGAUACUUCAGAAAAAAUGAAUCCGAUGCGAGAAGUUCGUAUCGAGAAGCUAGUCCUCAACAUUUGCGUCGGAGAGAGUGGCGACCGUCUCACACGAGCCGCAAAGGUUCUAGAAGCUCUAACAGGCCAGACAGCCGUCUACUCAAAAGCUCGUUUCACUGUCCGCUCGUUUGGCAUCCGCAGGAAUGAGAAGAUAGCCGUGCAUUGUACUGUGCGUGGACCAAAGGCGGAGGAGAUACUAGAGAAGGGUUUGAAGGUUAGGGAGUACGAGUUACGGAAAGAUGCAUUUUCUGACACUGGAAAUUUCGGGUUUGGAAUCCAAGAACAUAUCGAUCUGGGAAUAAAGUAUGAUCCGAGCAUUGGAAUCUACGGCAUGGAUUUCUACAUUGUUCUGGGAAGGCCGGGAUAUAACGUGAGAUAUCGCAAACGGAAGAGGGGACGAGUUGGAUUUCCACACAGAGUGACGAAAGACGAGGCAAUGAAAUGGUUCCAACAGAAGUACGAUGGCAUCCUAUUGUCGGGAAGGAAGAAAAAAUGAAAACUUGUGUAGAGAUGUGUUGAUAUGGUAGCCCUGAUGUAAAAUGAGUGAAAUAUGACCA